ACUUCCCUCUUUUUGAGGCUACAUGCCAAGACCUUUGUUUGAUCUAAUUCCUGCUCUCUGGUUAGACAAAUGCAGGGGAAGCCUAUGUUGAUGCAGAAAGGGAAUGUGAGAGAAUCUAUGAAGAAUCAGGGAAGGUUAUCAGGAAAAGAGAAAAAAAGAGAGAAUGAUAGAAAAUGGGUAGGGGAAGGUAAGUAGUAGUCUGGAUGUGAGUGUGUAGAGAACCGUGAAGUUCGGAAGGCAACAUCAGCCAUCUCUGUGGGAACAGAAGAAUCUGAGGGUGGAGGGUAGCAUGCAAGAGGCGGAAAAGGGAGUGUCUUUACACAGAGUCCCUCUUUGACCCUAGGGGCUUUAUUAUAACGUUCUGAUGGGCCACCUAUACGUAUCCUCAGACCCAAAUGAAUGCCCAGGCAGCCAUUAAGAAGCAACUUCUGGAUAUGAUGAGCAGGAAACACCAUGAACUGGAGGGUCGUCUUGACAACAUGCUUUCUCGCAUAGCCAGGGAGACAGAGGAGAUCAAAUAUCUGGAGCAGCAACUCACAGACAAUCAAAUCCUGGCAAACAACGUUUUACAGAAAGACCUGGAGGGUAUCAUUGCAGGGCUGAAGGAGUACCUGAGAGGAGUUAGAGACCAGGCACACAAGGCACAGGAAGAUUGCCAGAAGUUACAGAAGGAAAAUAAAGCACUGAAGCUUCAGCUAGAGUACAGUCAAGACAACCGCAGCCAACUGGAGACCGCAGCCAAGGCCACACAGACUUGCCAGAAGAUUAUCCAGAUGGGAGAGUUAGAUGCCCUGCUGAAGAACAAUGCUGCACCGAGGGAGUCUCAGGGCAAGAUUUGUGCCUAUGAGGCAGAGCUGGAAAGCCAGCUGCUGGAGCACCACAUGCAGGCUGGCCAACUCAAAGAGGAACUAGAGAGACUCCACAGGCUCAGCCUGGUGAAGCAGACUGCUCUACAGAUAGAGUUAGAGAAGGAGCGGCAGGCAAAGCAGGACAUCUUGGCCCAGGUACAGCUGGCUACAGAGAGGGAGCAGAAGGUUACAAACCUGCAGAAGCAGCUCUCUUCAUUGCAGAAGGAAAGAACCUCCCUGCAGGAGCAUAUCCAGUCCCUGCAGGGCUUGUUGGAGAAAGCCAGGUUCUCUUUGCUUGCCCCACAGAAGGUAACAGCUCACUUGGAGGAAUUAAUAGCCAGUGUCAGCUCUGAACAGCCACAAUUUAGGAUCUGGAGCAAGGGGGACGUGUUGGGCUGCAGCCUGGAAGCUCUGCAGCAGGAGGCGCUGCAGCUAGUCUUCUUAUUGACUGACAGGCAGCAGAAGUCCAAGAUAUUGCAGGAGCAACAGCAGGCUGCCAUACAGGCCUCGCUGUCCACAGAGUUUCACAGAGAAACAGAACUGCAGGGUCUGAGGGAGAAGCUUGGCAGGCUGGAGGAGGAGCUAGAGAAAGCGAACAGACUGCAGGUGGAGGUGUCACUGCAGCUAGAGCAGAGCCAAGAGGAGAGGGAUUGUCUGCUGGCUGUGCUGGAGGGCCACUGCAGUCAGGCAAGGAUGGCAGAGCAUGAGAGCCAGCAGCACAUGAGGAGUCUCAACAGGCUGCUAAGGAAGAUCAAAACGGACAUGUCCUCAGCUGACAAGAUAGCCGCCCAGCAGCUGACUGCUGCUACUGACCAGCUCAGUUCCCUGCACAGCACUGUUCACAGGAUAUACAUGAAGACUCAGUCUCAGCCUCCGAGUCCAGCCGACACAGACAGAGUUGCGCCGGCAAGCCUUCUUCCUGUGGUACCUCAGUCCCCUCAGAUGCAUCUGUGGGGGAAGAUGACCCAGUUAUUUUAAGAUUAUCUCAUUAUUGUUUUAUUUUAAUAAAUGUUUUGACAACUUGA